AUGUUAGGACGGUUUUUGCUUAUACUAGGGUCGAUAUGGUUGGGACGAAUAUCAAUACAAAGCGCCCGACAAUUCGGGAAGAAAAGAGCCAUACGCUGUCGGAGAAAUGGAGGCGGUGAAGAUAGGAUCAGUGCACUGCCAGAUGAUUUGCUUGUCCGGAUUUUGUUGCUUGUCCCAACAGAAGAUGUAGUGGCUACAAUGAUUCUGUCCAAACGAUGGCGGUUUGUUUGGACGAUGGUGCCACAACUAGAGUACAAUGAUAUCGAAUAUGGUACUCGCAAAAUAUGUCUUGGCGGUUUACUUGGCUUUUUGUUUGGGAAAAGUGAGCGACCCCAGUCUAUAAGGCGGUUUCUUACCGAGUCAAUGCGACUCCACAAAGCACCUGUAUUAGAAACAUUGUCUAUAGAACUCGGUCCACAUUUUCCUGUUGCUGUUAACGUGAAGAUGUGGAUUGCAAAUGCGGUUGAUCGUAGGGUUCGUGAGCUAGGUUUUGCUCUCAAGUGGUCCGGAGGUCCUAUUAGCUUGCCUAAAAGCCUAUAUAUGUGUGAAACCAUUGAGCAUCUCCAUCUUUCCGACAAAGUUUAUGUAGAUGUUUCUUCUUCUCCAGUUUGCCUCCCUUUCCUCACAUCUCUUGAGCUUGUCUCUGUGAUAUACAAAGAUGAAGAUUCUCUUGUUAGGCUCUUGUCAAGUUGUCCUAUUCUCAAGUCUUUGCAUGUGAUGCGACGUGACAAAGACAAUGUGACAAAGUUUAGUGUAAAAGUGCCAUCUCUAGAGACCUUCAUGUAUAAUCAUGUGGCGUCAUUCAUCGAAGAUGUCGGAGAAUCUUUGGUCAUAGAUUCUGCGAGUUUAAAGAAAUUCUUCAUUUCCGAUGGUUGGACAACCUCUUGCUCGAUUGAGAACAAGCCUCGCCUUGAUAACGCACGUAUCUACAUUUGGUUUGACCCUGAUGAGGAGUUUAUGAGAUCUCUUUCCUCAGUCGUGUAUCUCGAGUUAGAACUGAAUGUUGCAACGGUUGCGUGUCUUGAGGCCAUUAUAUUCUCCCAGCUUACAGAGUGCAAAAUACGUCCUUGUGAGUUAGACUGGUUUGAGCCAUUAGUGUUGUUGCUUCAAAAUUCUCCUAAACUGAAAGUUCUUGUCAUCGACCAGGUACUUUUUCGAAAUGAGGACUUUCCACUUUCGUGGAACCAACCGAGUUCUGUUCCCGAGUGCUUGUCAACCAAUCUCGAGGUCUUUGAGUGGGCAGGAUAUGGAGGAACAACCGAACAGAAAGAUAUGGUAAGCUACAUCUUUGCCAAUUCCAAGUGUCUAAAGAGAGUUGGAAUCUCCUUGAGCUCAACAUGCAAACGUAAAGAUAGAAAGAAGAUAAUGAAAGAGUUAGAAUCCAUGUCUCGGAUUUCAACAUCUUCUCAGCUUCUCUUCUCCACUCAAUUGAAGUUCACCUGCUGCUGA